CUUUCCUUUGUUUUUGUUUAUUUAUUCGGUUUACUGGUUCUCGAAUAGACCUGAUUUUGAGAAAUUUCUUGUUAUUUUUAGCGUCUGCUGGUGAAUGAUUGAAGCUCGACAUGUUGAUUUCGUGACUACCAGCUUCAAAUUGAACCCUUUAUUCGUUCCGCUGGCGACACUAUAUACAAUAUUGAAUACCCAGCGCCAGCUCCACCACCUCCAAACCACGAAGCCGACAUCAAUCAAAGCAAAUCACCAAAAGAACAUUAAAAAUGACAAACAACAACCUCCCAGUGGGCUACGAAAAUAACAACACCACUCUAGCCCCCGGUUUCAUUGCCCUAAUCGUCGUCGUAGGGCUCCUCUUUAUAUUCACCAUGAUGUCCUUCGGCUUCUACAUUUACGCGCGACGCCGCGGCCUAGAGUGGUCGUUUUGCUAUCCCUGCCGGUACUACGAUGAGGAGGAAGAGGAGAGGAGGCGGUAUUGGUGGUGGCAGAGGCAGCAGCAGGCAUAUGGGUAUCCUGCGCCAGCGCCAGGCCAGGGACAGACCGUUACGAUGGCGAGGUAUGCUUAGGUAUACCAACUGCAGAGAUGGUGCAGAUACAUGUAUAGACUGUGCGUACGUGGGAGGUUAUGAUUUCUGGAAACGAAGUUUUUUGUUUAUUGUAAUGUAUAUCAGCGCUAAAAUGUGUAUAUGGAGAGAACCAUGUCAAAUGCUGCUCUAAAUUCCUCGGCAUCUGGGUUUGGAGUGGUCAGCAUACAGCGAAGGACAGAUAGAUCGGAUCGCAGAGGACAAUACUGGCAUCUUCUUCGCAUGGGGUAGAAGGUGGUUUGGUUGCAUAUACAGUGGUUAUUGAAGGGCUGGGUACUGAGAUGUCUACCAUUUUAAAUUAAGCGCUACAACGCAUUCCUCGAGCUUGAAGGACUGUGUACAUACCCCCUUAGCGUUGCGGAUCUGUCUGAAUUUUUAUAUUCCAAUCAAUGUCAGUCAAGUGGUCAAUUGAUACUAUUUUCCUUUUCAAAUGUUGCUAUAAGUUUACAUUAUGUUUAUGUUUAUUCGAUAGAGAUAUGG